AUGAAUCACCACAAAUAGGUUAACAUUCUCUAUUAACUAAUUGAAAACCUAUAUCACAGAAUGCACAUCCUGGAAAAUGCCAAAUCAAUAGAUUACUAGCACAUGAAACAUAACACUAUGUCAAAGAGGUAUCUUCACUCACAGGACAACCUAAUAAAUAGUGAUGUAACAUACUCUAACAAAAAUUAGCAUUCUCAUAGUAACCAGGGGAACAUUCACAUUUUAAUCCUUUAAGAACUCUGUUUUAAGUUUCAUCACAAGUUAAGCAUCCAUUCAUAUUAUUUGUAAAACAAGUUAAACAUGUUGAAUGACAAUUAAUGCAAGAAUUAGAAAAUUCUUCAUAAAAUUUUUUAUCUGGACAUUUGCAAGUAUUGCCAUUAUGUUCGAUAUCAGAUAUGUCAUUACAAAUUAAACAAUCUGUAUAAGAUGGGCCAGUACAUGUUUUACAGAAUAUAUGGCAUUAUAAACAUAUUGAAUUGCUCAUUUAUGGGUAAUAUCCCUACAUACAGACACAUUAUCCAUUAACUUGCUCUCUAAAAUCAGUAAGAAAGCAUUCUAUACAAUAAUUUGUAUUUAAACAUUAUGUACAUAAAGUAGGGCAAUCAUGACAUUAAUUUAAAUCCUCAUAUUGAUUUUUUUUACAGACACAACCUAAUUUAGUUAAAGUAUAAGUAGCUGAACAACCUUAACAAUCAAUAGGAGAAGUACAAGAAGUACAAGAUGAAGGGCAAGUCAAACAUUUUACUUCAUUUCUACUGUAAUAUAAAUUACCUAAGCAUUCAGAUUAUGAGAAUUUUAUAAUAUUUGCAUUGUAUGUACUAUUCCAUAAGGUACAAGUAUAUUGAUCUGUGCAUUAUAAACAAAAUGGCUAACAUUAAUGAACAGCGAUGUAAUAAUUAAGAAAUGCACAAUAUGAUGUAACAGGUUCAUUAUCAAUACCAAAACAUUCCCAACACAUAUUUAACGAAUUACUAUUAUGGAUAAUUUUUUAAUAAACUCUAUAGGUUUUUGUUCCAUCAUCAUUUGGGUUUGAGACCAUAUUAAUAUUAAUAGCACUAGGAUUUGAUUCGAUAGUGUAAAUAAAUGAUCCACUUUAAGGAAAGUUUGGACCAAAUAAGAUUUCGAACCCUAUAGUAAUACUAUGAUGAGGAUCUUGUAUUUAGUGCACUCUCUAAAAUUUAGCCUAAGCCCAAACAUAAGGACCACCAAAAACUCUAUAAGUUUUCCAAUAUGAAUAAAGGAUGUCAGCACCCUUUAAGAAAUUUACAUUAGAUUAUGAAGAUGCUGAAAGUAAAGUAUACUAAUUUCUUUAAGUUAGAUCAUUUGCAUAAUCAAUAUAUUCUGA